CACAAACGGUCUAGUCUAAGAUUAAGCUGCGCUGGAUUGAUAAGAACACAAGAUGAUGUGGUUAUUUCUCUGGGCUUGUAUUUUUCAAUACAUGCUGACAAUAAAUGCCAACGGUAUAUAUUCUAUAUCGUGCCCCGACACCAUACAUUCCAAUAUCAACUACAAUGUAACCGUUUCACUGCACGGGGCAGAUGGACCCGGUCGAAUCAGGGUCAGUCUGAAUGGACCCUCGUUUGCGAGGAGCCAGGAGGUCUAUCUUCAGCCCAUGUCCACGCAGAUACUUUCUUUCGCCAUCCCAAAACUCUCGAGUGGUGAUUACCAACUCACCGCCGAGGGAGUUGAGGGCGUCAUUUUCAAGGAGUCCUCCAAACUGUCCUUCUCCGACGACAAGGCCUCCAUCUACAUUCAGACGGACAAGGCCACCUACAAGCCCGGCGACCUCCUGCAGUUCAGGGUUCUCUUCCUGGACAGGCACACUCUGCCGGCCAGGAUCGACAAGCCCAUUGGUAUACAGAUACACGACGGCGAGAAGAAUCAGAUCAAGGAGUGGAAGGAGGUCAGACCCACGAAGGGAGUUUUCGCGGGAGAGCUCCGCCUGUCCAAUCGUCCGGUUCUGGGAAACUGGACCCUUGCAGUCGCCGUUCAAGGUGAGAGCACGGAGACCAAGGUCAUUGGGGUGGACAAGUACGUGCUGCCCAAGUUCGAGGUCAGAGUUCAGACACCUCCGAAUGUGGUGGCCAGUGAUGGCAAGAUCAAGGCCACCAUUCGAGCCAAGUACACCUUUGGAAAGCCGGUCAAGGGCAGGGCGACCAUCUCAAUCGAGGGAGGACGAACUGAGAAGACCGUGGACAUCGAUGGAACUGUCAAUGUGGAGCUUCCCUUUGAGGCCACUCUGAAAUCCCCCCUGAAAGUUAUGGCCACUGUGACGGAGGAGCUCACGGAUCUCAAGCACAAUGGUUUUGCCUAUGUAAAUCUUCACCAGAAUCGCUACAUCCUUUUGGCUGUCGACUGGCCGCAGAGCUACCAGGCUGGAAAGGAGCACUCCUUCCGGGUUGCAGUCACCAAUGUUGAUGGUUCCCCAGUCAAUGGUUCGAGAAACAGUGUUAAAUUCGAUUUCCUUUGCGGUCAGAGAAAUGAAAUCUCGGCUCCCCUCAGAGGGGACAGUACAGCCAUGGGAAAAAUUAUUUUUCCGGAUAAUAGUUGCAGGAAAUGCGUAGUGACGGCCUCAUUUGAAGGCUCAGCCUCCCUCAAUCAAACCAUUUUCAAGCUGGAAAAGUCAAUCAGGAUCGAGAUCGAUAGUAAAAAACACGAACUGAGAAAAAAGGUGAGCUUCAAUGUGGUGUCCACUGGGUACCUGCCCCACUUCAUGAUCACGAUCGUCGCUCGUGGUAAUAUCAUAAAGAAUCAGUAUGUUCAUGUGCCCAGGGGCGUUAGAAGCCAGAGGCUCUCUGUCAUGCCCACCUUUGAAAUGGUGCCCCAAGCCACUCUUAUUGUGAGCUACGUGGUGAACGGAGAACUGCGCUCCGAUGAGGAAACGAUCAAUUUCCAGAAGGCCUUUGGCAACUCGAUUGAAAUCACAGUACCAGCCAAGGCAGAACCCGGCGAAGUGGUCAACUUGUCAGUAAAGACCGAUCCCCAUUCCUUCGUAGGACUUUUAGGAGUCGACCAGAGUGUUCUGCUUCUAAGGUCCGGAAACGACCUCAGUCAGGAUCGCAUCUUUGAUAAUCUCAGCAAUUUCGCAUCGAACGGCCUGGUAACCCUGACCAAUGCACACAUAAAGGAUGAAAGCGCGGAUCUAGAUGCACUUACUUAUUUUGAGACGUGCGGACUCGGCAGUCGUACUGCAGCAGGCACCACUCCGAAGCCAGGCAAAAAGUCACCCAUUCCAAAGGAUGUACUAUCGACCAAACCCGAAUUUACACCCCCACCAAUUCGUCAGGAGUUCCCUGAAACCUGGCUCUUUGCGAAUAUCACCGAGUAA